CUUGGGGUUCGCAAACAAGGGAGUAUCGAUAGCUUGGGUCUCGAAUUUUGAUCUCACAAAAUACGAGAACCCCCUGCGAACGAAGUAUACUACGCGGACGACGGCCACUAUGGGCUCCAAACGGAGGAAGGAACAGAAGCAGAGCGCUGCCAAACCGAGCUUCGACGAAUCGGCGCUCGCUCGGUUGACAAGCAAGAUCGACAAGUCUCUCGCCGAUUCCGAGAAGGCGCGCACGCCCGAGCGGAAGAGAAAGCGUGGCAAUGAGGAUGGACACAGUUCGAAGCGGCGCCAUACUGACCCUUCGGUCCCUGAAUCACAAACGGGACGCCCAAACGAGCGGAGCAGCAAGCAGGCACCAACGCUGCUCGACGAGAUAUUGGCCCUCGGUGGUAACGAGGAUGACCUGGAACUGGUUGCCAACGUUGAUUCUGGCGACGAAGGCGCUGAUGGGCCCCGCCCCAAGGCUGUGUCGGACCCGCUCAUCGACGACUCGUUGAGGGAUGAGAUUGCAAAGUUCGCAUCCACUCUUGGGUUUGCCAAGUUCCGCGAGACUGAAGACCCCGACACCGACGACGAUUCUGAUGAAGACCCCGACACCGACGAUGAUUCUGAGGUUCUCGAUACCCAUGAUGCCGCGGUGCUCAAGCCGAGACACAGCGCCGAGGAUGCCCGUGAGGCAGCAGCCGAGGGCAUCUCUGUAGCUCCACCGCCGCAGGAAGCUCGACUGGGGAAACAGGCCAACAAGUUGGUGUUCGAACCUCGUCCUGACUGGCAUGGGCUUCCUUUGGAUGACCUGACCACACAAGUCCCGGACAACGUUAAACAUCACUCAGCUUCCAUAGAAAACCUGAGAGCGUAUGCGAACGACCUGUUGGAGAACGAUUCCAACCGCUACCAUGCCAUGCGAGCGAGCAGUUCGUCGCAGAAGUUCAUGUCAACCAUCAUGUCUUCUGGGACUCUUUCGGACAAGGUCUCAGCGUUGACACUCUCGAUACAGGAGUCCCCCCUCCACAACCGCAAAGCUUUCGAGAACCUGAUAACCCUGGCGGGGAAAAAGAGCCGUGGCCAGGCAAUCGCGGCUUUAGGCGCACUCGUCGAUCUUCUGGGCAAUGGCUCUGUCCUCCCUGACAGCCGGCGUCUCCGCCCAUUCCAUUCCCAACCUGCGCUGCUAGGAGCCUUAGCCGGUCGCGGUCGCUCACCUUGGACGCCAGGAAACGAACUUCCCGGCAGGUUAACCGAGGCGCAUCUGAUCAUGUGGGCAUUCGAAGACUGGCUCAAACGUGCCUACUUCCGCAUUAUCGGGCUCCUCGAGAUCUGGUGCUCCGAUGAAAUCGAGUACUCGAGGUCUCGGGCUCUUGAUUUCGUGUUCGGGCUUCUGAAAAACAAGCCAGAACAGGAAGCGAACCUGCUUCGGUUAUUGGUGAACAAGAUUGGUGACCGGGAGCGUAAAAUCGCUUCGCGGGCGUCAUACCUCAUCUUGCAGCUGCUCAACAUUCACCCGGGAAUGAAGGCGAUCGUCAUCGGCACCGUGGAACAAGAGGUCCUACUAAAACCCGGGCAGAGCCUGCGCACCAAGUACACCGCCAUUAAUACCCUGAACCAGACAAUCUUGAGCACCCGGGAGCCGGCCAUCGCUGACAUGCUGCUGCGUAUCUACUUCGACGUCUUCCUGUCUCUUCUGAAGACGGGGUGCCUGGGCGGUUUCGAGGCUGACGACGGGGACAAAAGAUCGGGUCGCUCGCGCGAGAAGCCGAAGGGCAAGGGCGGACCCGGCGCGCCGAGCCCUGGAAACGAGCAGGAGAUCAACCAGAAGCUCGUUUCGUCGCUUCUUACGGGCGUCAACCGGGCGGUGCCAUUUGCCAGUUCCGAGGACUCGACACUGGAGAGGCAUCUGGACACGCUUUUCAGGAUCACGCAUUCGUCCAACUUCAACACCAGCGUGCAGGCGUUGAUGCUUAUCCAGCAGCUCACUGCCUCUAAACAGCUUGCUGUUGACAGGUUCUACAGGACUCUCUAUGAAUCGCUACUGGAUCCCAGGCUCGUUACUUCGUCCAAGCAUGCGCUCUAUCUCAACCUCCUGUUCCGGGCCCUGAAGAAUGAUGUUGAUGUCCGCCGGGUCAAGGCCUUCGUCAAGAGGCUGAUCCAGGUGCUGAGUCUCCACCAGCCAUCGUUUACAUGCGGCGCCCUAUUUCUGAUCGCCGAGCUGGAAGCGACAUUUCCCGACCUGCAUACUUUGCUAGACGAGGCCGAAGACAACGACGACGACGGAGAAGAAGUCCUUCGGGAUGUUCGGGAAGAUGGGCCUCAAGCGGAGUUUGCCCCCCAGAGUACCCCCGGGACAAGUGCCAGGCGCAUCGCCGCCUACGAUGGCCGCAAGCGGGAUCCGGGGCACAGCAAUGCCCAUCGGAGCUGUCUUUGGGAACUCGUGCCCUUCUUCUCCCACUACCAUCCCUCUGUGGGCGUGUUCGCCGCAAACUUGCUAGCGCGGCAGAGAUCCGUCCCCAAACCGGACCUGGCCAGCCAUACGCUGAUGCACUUCCUCGACAAGUUCGUGUACCGUAACCCGAAGGCCGAGGAGUCCAAGCGGGGUGGUUCGAUCAUGCAGCCAAUGCUCGGGUCUGGUGGUGCGUCGCAAAUUGUGGCGUCCAGCAAGGCUGCCGCGAGGCAGAUGCCAGUCGUCAAUUCCGCUUCGUUCUGGAACCUCAGGCCCGACCAGGUUUCGGCCGAGGAUGUAUUCUUCCACGAGUACUUUGCCCGCGUCGGUAAGCCUGGGCAGGCUGCACGCGCUGCUAAGAAAGCCGUUGAGAAGCGGAUGGAGCCAAACGAGGAGGCGGCGGAAGAGGAGAUAUGGGAGGCUCUGGUCAACUCUCAGCCUGAGAUUGAGGGUGCUGAUCCUGAGGAGGAUUCGGACAUGGACCUGGAGGAGUAUGAUUACUCCGACAACGAUGUGCUAGUCGACGGUCCUGGCGCUGAAGAGCGGAUGUCGGACUUCGGGUCAGAUGGCGCCGAGGGCGAUGCCGGCUUUGAGGGCAUCUUUGAUGAUUCCGAGGACGACGGCGAAGACAUGUCGAGUAACGACGAGAGUGUGGCCGAGGUUGGGAAGGGCCAACGGUCCAAACAAGGUCGCAAGGGAAGGCUGAGCAGGAAGGAGAUAAGGAGCCUUCCAACGUUUGCCUCGGCUGACGACUACGCCGAGAUGUUGGCCGCAGAAGAUGACGGUCUCGACGAGUAGAGCACAUCGCAGGCCCCAACUAGCUUCCUGAAACUCACAAAAUGUGGCCUUUGUCGCCAAUAUAUACUCCAAGCAGCGGUCUUCACGAACUCGCGGUUCGUCUCAUCGCGAAGCUCCCCAUCACGGCUCCAACCCCCUGCCGCGUGACUCGGCACCACUCAGCACCUACCUAGGUAUCGAACCAUUCCAACUCGUCGUCUUUCGUGAAGACUGCUCGGAAGGUGUGCCCUCCUCCGGGCUCCUCCCUAUCCUCCGUAUCU